GGGCUAGGUAGAUCCGUCGGAGGAGAAAACAGUGCAAAAUAAAGAAACAAUAGAAUGGAAACAAAGUCAACGAGAAGGAAGAAGUCUGCUUUUGAUUCCUUCCUCUUCUCUCGCACACAAUCUUUUGAUUUUCAAUAAUCAAAAGCUCUUUUGCUGUCAAAAGUUCUCAUCUUUCCUUUUCUCUCUAUUUAUAUCACCAUUUCUGUACUCGAUUUCUUGUGCAAACUAAUAAGAAAGGAGAAGAAGAGGGAACGAGCGGAAACCCCUGCCCAGAAUAAGACUGGGAAGCUGACCAAGUCAAGCACUUAGUGGGAUCGAUUGUGAGUUCUGAGAAGUGGGUUUUGUUUGGAAUUUGAAUUGGGAGUGGAUGCAAGAGGUGGAUGGUGGGAAUUUAAUUUAGCUCGUUAGAGGUGUUGAAGUUUUUUUCAUUUUGAUGGAUAGGUUAUGCUGUUUUACUUCUUCAUACUCUCAGGUUGUAGGGCGUUCAUCUUCUAACUCUGGUAAGGGAAAAAACUAUGAGGGGUUAAUCAAGUAUGGUUUCAGCCUAGUAAAGGGGAAAGCAAAUCAUCCAAUGGAGGACUAUCAUGUUGCUAAGUUUAUUCACAUACAAGAGCAUGAGUUGGGGUUAUUUGCUAUUUAUGAUGGUCAUUUGGGAGAUACAGUGCCUUCUUACCUACAGAAGCAUUUGUUUUCCAAUAUACUGAAGGAGGAAGACUUUUGGGUUGACCCCAAUAGAGCUAUUGCAAAAGCUUAUGAGAGGACAGACCAAGCAAUUCUUUCACAAAGUGCUGAUUUGGGGCGGGGUGGGUCUACUGCUGUUACUGCAAUUUUGAUAAAUGGUCAAAGAUUAUGCGUAGCCAAUGUUGGAGAUUCACGUGCGGUUCUUUCAAGAGGUGGUCAGGCACUUCAAGUGACCAUAGAUCAUGAGCCCAACACGGAAAGAGGCAGCAUUGAGAACAAAGGCGGCUUUGUCUCGAAUAUGCCAGGUGAUGUACCAAGAGUUAAUGGGCAGCUGGCAGUUUCUCGUGCAUUCGGAGACAAAAGCCUUAAGACUCAUUUGCGAUCUGAUCCCGACAUGCGAAAUAUUGAAAUUGAUAACAGCACAGAGCUUCUAAUCCUCGCAAGUGAUGGUCUUUGGAAGGUGGUGGCUAACCAAGAAGCUGUUGACAUUGCUAGAAAGAUCAAAGACCCACAGAAAGCAGCAAAGCAGUUAAUAGUCGAGGCUGUGAAAAGAGAGAGUAGAGAUGAUAUAUCCUGUGUCGUCGUUAGAUUUAGGGGAUGAGACCUUAAGCAUUAUCGCUAUCCGGGUGCAGUAUAUACCUAAAUAAGAGUUUCUUUACACGAUAUUCCAUUAUCUGGAUUAGACAGACACCUGGUCGACGUAAGCCCUGGAGUUCUGAAGUAUGGAAUUCGUAUAAGGGAAACAAAAAAUAUAGACGGGUUACCCCUUUGUAAAUUGAUUUUUAUUGAUUUGGUUCUGGUGCUUGAUAUUGUUUAAUGUAUUUGAAAAGUGGUUCUAGAGAUCUGAUGUAUAUUUUCUUCCAAUUUGAACAGAAGAACAGAGCAUGUGUUGAUGUCAAAUGUUGCUUUGAUUGUGUAUGGAGGAUUUUCUUAUUUUUUCAGAGUGGUUCAAUGCCAAGGCUGACCUCCAUCAGCUUUUGCUUGAGUGAAGGAUA